GUACAAGCAACGAGGGUCUGAAUACGUUGGCUAAUAUCGGUAUAACUACAACUGCAAGAGCAGUAGAAAUAGAUGGUCAAAAAUAUAUGAAUCAGGAUGAUUUUGUUUCGGCCAUAGCACCGGAAGAGGAUUAUAAAAAAAUUCAAAAGGAACAAUUCGGAAUAUUAUUUAGAAUAGCUGACAAUGGUAAAAAAGGAUUAAUAUCUUUUCAGGAUUUUGUAAUUUUUGAAAAUUUACUUUCAAAACCGGAUGCCGAAUAUGAAAUCGCUUUUAGACUAUUUGAUGUCGAAGGAAAAGGAAAAAUUACCAUCGAACAAUUCAAAAAUAUUUUGUCUUCGAAUGUCACCCCAGAUAGUAUACCCUUUGAUUUUGAUUGUGAUUGGUUAAAAUUAUAUGUUGGUAGAGCACCAGAAAAAAAACAUGAAUUGGCUUACGAAGAGUUUACGCAAUUAUUAAAAGGAUUGCAAGCAGAACGACUUAGGCAAGAAUUUAAAUUUUAUGAUAAAGAAGGUAUUGGAUAUAUCACACCUGAUAAUUUUAAAAAAAUAAUUCUUUCUAUAGCGAGGCAUAAAAUUUCCGAUUAUGUUAUUGAGAACCUACCUACGUUGUGUAAUCUUUAUGCCGGCAAUAAGAUCAAUUAUGCAAGUAUCGUGGCUUUUCAUAAUGUCGUGCGACAGAUGGACAUGGUGGAAAGAAUUGUUCAUAAAGCUAUUUCUGAAAGCGGUGAUGGAAAAAUUACCAAAAAUGAUUUUCUUAACACCGCUUCAAGAGAAACAAGGUUUUCACUGUUCACUCCAUUAGAAGCAGACAUUAUCUUUCAUUUUGCUGGUUUAGGAAAUCCAUCAGGAAGAUUAUCAAGGCACGACUUUGCCCAACUUUUGGAUCCUAAGGUGGUAGGAGAAUUGUUAUACAGAAAUAGCAUAGAUUGUUUUCGAAAGGUAAUACAUAAUGAAGGUUUACUAGGUCUUUACAGCGGUCUCGGUCCUCAGUUGGUGGGUGUAGCACCGGAAAAGGCUAUAAAGUUGACUGUAAACGAUUUCUUCCGGGCCCGAUUUAAAAACAAAGAAACUGGUGCUAUUCCAAUAUUUUAUGAAAUUCUUUCAGGUGGAAUAGCCGGAGGCUGUCAAGUUAUUUUUACCAAUCCAUUAGAAAUUGUAAAAAUCCGUCUUCAAAUUCAGGGAGAAGUUGCCAAAAAUGUAGAUAUACCACGUAAAUCUGCACUUAAUAUUAUAAAAGAUCUUGGCCUCUUUGGUCUUUAUAGGGGCGCAAGUGCAUGCUUACUUCGCGACAUCCCAUUUUCUGGAAUAUAUUUCACAACAUACGCCCACAUAAAAAAGGACAUAUUUGGCGAAGGACCAAACAAAAAAUGUGGUAUAGUUGAACUCUUGAUUGCUGGUGCUGUGGCAGGCAUGCCAGCAGCGUACUUAACAACUCCGGCAGACGUAAUCAAAACUCGUCUACAAGUUGAAGUUCGUAAAGGUCAAACAGGUUAUAGUGGUAUAUUUGAUGCUUAUAGAAAAAUUCUUCGUGAGGAGGGUCUUAAAGCAUUUUUCAAAGGUGGCCCAGCACGUGUAUUUAGAUCCUCUCCACAAUUUGGCACAACAUUAAUGGUUUAUGAACUAUUGCAAAGAUGGCUUCCAUGGUCAAGCUCCGAAGAACAAGUGGGAAAAGUAGUUUCAGCCGUUACGGAUACUGGUGACCUUGGACAUUUGAAAA